AUGGGUAUCGUCGACAUGUUCAACGAGCUAAUCAGCUCGCUGCCUUUCACGGAGGCGCUGGCAGAAGCACCUCCCGCGGAGGAGACCGAGGCUGCUGCGGACGCAGAGGGCACGGAGGAAGAACCUGAGGAGGCUGAGGAAGAGGAGGGGGAGGAGGAGGAGGGGGAGGAGGAGGAGGAACCUCAGGAUAUGAAGCCUAAGUUUGAGGAAGAAUGCGCCAAUUCCUCCAAAUGCGCUCCCGCAAAACACCAUUUCGACGAGUGCGUUGAGCGAGUCACCCGAAACAGCGAAGACCCCGAUUUCAAAGGCCCCCACGAAGACUGCGUUGAGGAGUUCUUCCAUCUCCAACACUGCUCAACCCAAUGCGCUGCGCCUAAACUCUUCCGGGUCCUCAAAUAA